CUCUUCGACUGAAUACUGCGCUGCGCUCGGGCGAAAGCUUGCUUGCGCGCGACAGCGCUCAGCAAGUCUAAACGAAACUUCGCCAAGAUGGACUGGCAGGGCUAGGGAAGGUGGCUUGACCUAGCGGCCAGGAGGGUCUCAGGAUGCGGCAAAGAUCGUUUGACAAUGGCUCGCGGUACCCAGCCUAGACUUCCACGAGCCACCGACGGGGCAGUCUCCGGCAAGGCUUGGGCCGAGGCGGCGCACGGCGGCCACGAGAGCCGGAGGCGCAGGCAAAACCCAGGAAGCGUCCAGGCGGCAGGCUCCAGCGGCCGGCAUCCCUGGGAGAGCCCCCGACCCCCCACCGACGGAAGGCCUCCAGAGGAGGCUGGGGAGGAGAAGCGGGGGGGGAUCUCCACAGGAAGAGAGUGGGAGGCUGGGGGAAGAGGGGCAUCCGGAGAAAGGAAGAAAGACGACGAGGAAUAUGAAACCCGCUUGUCUGCUCGAAGUGUCCAGAGGUCGCCGAUCGCCGGGCGGCGCCGCGCGGCACGCGGCGCCCCGGCGGAGAAGCUGUACCGCGCAGCGACCUUCGCGGCCCCUGGCGUGCCUGUGGCGCCAGGGGCACUGUAGCAGGGGCAUCGCCACCUCGCGAGGAGUUCCCGACCGCAUUCGACAUCCACAAACAAUGAUCUGGUAACAAAGUACCAAAAAAACAAACAGGCUCGAGAUCAGCGUUGACCCUCGAUCUCUUGGGAUGCAGUCCCUUGCGAAUCCACCACCGAGCGCCUCCUCUUUCAGGGGAACGGUAGAAUGGGCCUUGCAAGUGUGCAGAUCUGACCUCCCGAGGUGCAUGCUGAAGAAAACAAAGCGCAACGAAAUCGACACCUCGUGACCAGGAGGAGGAUGAAGA